UUACUUAAAAACACUUUUAAAAAGCUUGGCCAAAUUCUAAAAUUUACUUAAAAGCACUUUUAAAAAGUUUGAUCAAACUGUAAUUGCUACUUAAAGUGCAUACUCCUAUGUUGUUGAUACUUCUGAUUGCGUUUUCGGGCAACGGGGAAAAUUUUAUCAUAGCCUUGACUUCUCCAAUGGAAUGAACUGUGAGAGAAGGGCAACAAUAAUCGAUCAACCUCUGGAAAAGACCAAUGACACAAAGUUGGGGAUGAUACCUUUCUGUUGCCGAAAUGGGACGAUCUUGCCACCUGCCAUGGACCCAAGCAAGUCUGCUUCAGCAUUCCAGAUAAACGUCUUUAAAAUGCCUCCGGAUCUCAAUCGCUCCUUGUUCACUCCUCCUCAGAAUUGGAAGAUUGAAGGCAGACUGAAUCCAGAUUAUAAAUGUGGACCUCCAUUCCGUGUAAGCCCCAGCCAGUUUCCUGAUCCUAGCGAUACAGCAGCAUUUGCAAGCUGGCAAGUUGUAUGCAACAUCACCCAACCAAAAGGAGAAAGCCCUAGAUGCUGUGUAUCUUUCUCUGUUUUCUUCAAUGAAUCCAUCAUUCCUUGUCUAACAUGCUCCUGUGGUUUUCCUUCUAAUACCGCUCGGACAUGUAGCACAAAAUCAUCUUCCAGUUUGAAAAUAGAACCAAGAUGUCCUUUGCCUGGGCUAAUAUUAAUCAUCUUCCAGUUUAGAACCCAUUGCCAUGCGGAGAUAACUGCGGUGUCAGCAUCAACUGGCAUUUAUUCACCCUCUUUAACUGGGAUGAUACAACUGGAUAAAGCAGCCCCUGGUUUUGAUGCGGUGUAUGUAGUUCCUUCAAUGGAACUAUAUUAGAUGGAGUUAACAAUACCUUGUUCAUGAAGGGCUUGAGCUAUAUAUAUAGUAGCAGAAACAGAUGGAGCUAAUCCAGAGAAAGAUCCCCGAGUACCCUGGGAAACAACAACCAGUAAUCUCAUUCACAAAGAAGAUUAUCCCUGGCAUCAGCAUUCCUGGCUGUGAUGGGUAUACUCUAAUGAAGAAGAGAAGAGUGCUCAUUGCCAAAGAUACUCCCAACAAGCAGCUCAUAUCUUCGUUUACUGUCACUACUUCCAUACUAGCACUUGUGGUUUUUAUGUUGAUGCGACAAUAGCACUGAAAUGCGACAUUUUCUCUUUAUUCCAUA